UAAACUGAUAGUGAGUUCAAUUAAAUGGUCUGCAAAUCUACCCGUGUGAAAAUAUGAAUUGAUCGUUCGAGAAAGCUACCACCGAUAAAAAAUGGUGUCAAUCAUUAAAAAUCAGUUGCUGAAACACCUUUCGAGGUUCACCAAAAAUUUGUCCGCCGAUAAAAUUAAUCUAAGCACAUUUAAGGGUGAGGGAGAGCUGACAAAUUUAGAACUUGAUGAAAUUGUGCUGACAGACUUACUGGAACUACCAUCGUGGUUGCGACUCACUAGUGCUUGGUGCAAUAGAGUCACUUUUCGAAUACAAUGGACCAAGCUAAAAAGCGUUCCUAUAUUUCUGAGCUUAGACGAGGUGCAUAUCGAAGUAGAGACUUGCGAGGAUUUAAGAAGUAUGUCCGCACCCCAAGGAUUGUCUUCAUAUGCUGGUCCUGCAAAAUAUUCCUUUAUUCACAAGGUGAUCGACGGAAUGACUGUGGCUGUUAAUACCGUCUCUGUAACUUUCAAGAGUCCGGCAUUUGUUGCAUCUGUUCAGAUGUCACGCAUCAUGGUUGAGUCCAAAUCUCCCGAGUGGCAGCGUAGUGAUCUUAGAAUGACACGAUUAAAAGAUCCUGAUAGAGGACAGCUACUUAUCUUCAAAGAACUAGAAUGGCAGACUGUUAGAAUAGAGGCAUGCAGUACCAAAGACAAAGAUCUUACACCCCUACGACUAUUAACCAAUCAAGCCAGGUGUCGAAUAACUAUAAAAAAGAGAGUAUCUGAUUGUUUUGUUAUGGGAUCCCGGCUAGUUGUGAUACUUGAUGAUCUUCUGUGGGUUUUAACCGAUUCUCAGUUAAAAGCAGCACUUCACUUUCUUGACUCUCUUGGUGGACUGAUUGAAAAAGCUACAGUUUUAGAACGAAAGACUAAAGCUGCAAGAAAACUUGAGGUGCUCCCAGAAUAUCAGGCUCAAAUUUCUCAACAAGCUAGAUCGAAGAGCCAAGUUCACACCGCAAUAUCUAGAUUGUUUACAAAAUUCGAUGUUGUCGAAACUUCAUACCAUUUUCUAUCUCAGAGAAUCGACUUGCAUUUAUGUGAUGAUCCCGGCCCGGGCAGAUCUUCCCAUCCAGAGCUGAAAGAUGGGGGUGCGCUUCAAGUAUCAUUGGUCAAAUUCCAAAUUGAUUAUUAUCCAUAUCACUUAGCAAUGGCUGACAGAAAACAUUGGGCAAAGUACAGAGAAGGUGCCACACCGCACAGCCAGUGGUUACAGCAGUCUUUGAAUGCCUUCCGUAGUCAAUUUAUGGAUCUCAUUGAUGCAACAAGGGCACAGCAUUCACCUCUCACUAGAAGUCAAGCUCAUGCUAUAGGCGUUACUGCUAAGGAAAGUCCAGAUGACAUAGAAAAAAAUCUUCAGUCACAAACUCAAGGUUCUGGUGCCCAAGACCUAAGAAAAAUUUCGAACCAACCAAGCGGCAAUCCAGUGAAAAAUUAUGUCCUAGAACAGUUGGCAAAGUUGAUGACAACCUGUGUUAUCAUCAGGAUGGAUGAUUUUACACUGUACAAAGUGACAACAUCCUCACGGAAACCUGUACCAAAAGAAUUCAUUUCAGCUCAAACGAGGAAGAGGCACACUGCAGGAGACCGCGACAGGUUCAGUUUUCCGGACGAUGUAACAAUUCUGCAUGCCGAAUUUACAUACUACUACUAUCCCGGAGACAUACCAUUUCCACUGCCACCACCGAAAUUCUACGUCCAGCUGAAUCCUAUUCAAGUAAACUUCGACGUUUCUUCUUGUCUAUGGUUUAACUCUUUCGCACUCAAUUUACAUCAUUCGCUAAUGAAUCGAAACGAAAAUAUAUCUGCCACUGCACCUAAUUUAAUGUAUUUCGAUGUUAAAAUUGAAGCUAUCCUUCCUAGGGUGGUUUUUGAAAGUCAGCAAGAACAUCCCAAUCAGAGAGAUCGUCCUAAGUCUCUUCAUAUCCAGACUUCCAGAGCAUCCGUGACAAACGUCAGAUCGAGUGAGCGGUCUUCUAGAGCUGACCUGGCUCAGUGUCUCAAUGCUUUUCAAAUGGGCCAAAUGUUCUUUGGCACUGAAUUUCCUAAUCAAUCCGAAGACUUCCACGUGGUUACUGACAAAUUUCUCCGACACUGUGCAGGUACCGAUGGCAUCCGAAGUCCACCUCAAAAUUUUAACAGUAAUACUGUCAAUGAAAUGGUACGUCAACUUAGCAGAGAGCUUCUUUGGACAGAAGCUAAAGACGUGUGGUGUUGUCACUUAGAGCCAGUUUGGGGUGAUUUCUUUGGAGCUAGAGCAGUUGGUCAAAAUCGGCCAGUUCCAUUCCUUGAUGCCUUUCCACUGACGCUAUGGUUACACAUGAAAGUGAAAUCCUUACCUGAUGUCGAGGCUCAAGCCACAGCUGAUAUUCAUGGACUUGCUUACAUCAGCAAUUUAGUUAGCGUCCAAAUCAAUCACUAUCAGUACCUGUUUCUUCUGAGACUCUCUGAAGUUAUAUCCGAAAUGGCAACAUUUUUAGCUGUUGAUUCAAAUAAAAUUUUGAAAGUGGAGUCAGGAGGCUCGUUAGUUAUUGGUGCACUCAUACCUCAAGUGGAAGUCACAUUUGUCAUGCCAUCGCAAACACCUGGCAAAGAAAAUUCUGGUGGAGACCUAGAAUCUGUUGUUCCUGAUUCUUCUAGUAUCGCAGACGACCUCGGUGGAUCUGCUCCAUGGCAAAGCAGCACUGUGAAUCAUAGAGUCGACUUUAGCACUAAGAGAAUGAAUACAUCUAAUGAUGUGGAAACUCCACAAAGUGAAAUAUCUUCACCUUUAUCUAUGGACUAUGUUCGUACAGACGUCAAUGCUCAACCUGUAGUUACUUUCAAACAAAAUGGUAGUGAAACGUUGAAGCUGCAAGUUGGAAUACCAAUUUUUACCGAAGCACAGCCUGCACCAAUUGAUUUGGUAUCCAACACACCAAACUCUAAGGUUCAUGAUCGUCGAAAAGUUGUGGCUCAAUCAGAACUGCCACAGAUAAAACCAACGCAGAAUGCCUCCAUGCCGCCAUUUAUGCCCAACAAUUUCAAUGCCGGACUGUCUUCUAUGAAAAAGGGGUUUAGUAAUUUGAUGACCUCGAUUGAUUCUGCUCUGAAACCUUCGCCAGAAGAUGGAAGUAGCGAUACUGUUUCCAUGCGAAGUGAUGUUAGUUCGGAUAGUGAAAAUUACGUGGUAGUGAGUUUGGAAGAACAGGAAAGGGCUGAUGCCUCGUUUUCUGUUGACAACACCAUAAGGAUUACUGCUGUAGAAGAGGCAAGUGAAGUAGUAGAAGAAAUUCCAGAUACCCAGAGUGAACGAUCCAUGGAUAGCGUCUGUCGAAGACGAGAUUUGGUGUCGAUUGCGACAUUCAAACUCUCCAAAGUUGAAUUCAUCCAGCAGUCAUCCGGGUUUGCAUCAGCAAUCAAAGUUCAGGUACUGAACAUUGGUAGCGAAGAAUGUCCGUCAAUACCAUGGGACGAAUUUCAGGCCAAGAGAAAGACCAAAUUCAGCUCUCGGUCAAGGGGUUGGGUCGAGUUACCCUCUGAUUCAGACUGUAGAUCACGUAUCAAAGUCCGGCUCGAUCAUGGUUUGAAAAACAAAGAUGACUAUCGCAGACUGUCAAGAGCUAGUCAGACAGCAAGUGAAGGUAGCAGACGAUCCUCUAGAGAUCGAACUCAUGCACAAGAUUCUCAAAAGGACAGUGAUGAUAUCGAUAUGCGUAACAAGGCAACUGUUAUGGCAUUGUUUAAUGAUAGAUUAGAAGUUAAAGUGGCAGAUGUUCCAUUGACAUUAUCUAUGAGUUCAGUUACCGGUUUGACUGAUUUGGCAGAAGAUGAAAUUAUUCCCACACCUAUACCCAUGCAGAUAUACUUGGAAAAUAUUUCUCUGCAUCUAAACGAGGACCGCCCACCAAAUAAUAUAACAUCACCUGGACCAAUUCCAAUUGAUUUGGAUAUCUCCAAGCUUAGGAUAUCACGAGAUAUCACUGGCGUCUUCCAUAUUGAACCUCUUGUUGGUACAUUAGCGGAGAGCAGUUCAGAAGCAACGAUAUCAAAUGGAAAUAUUCAGACCACCAAGGAAAUAGAGACUGAAUUGGAACUAAACGGUUUACGACAGACCACCCGGCUACUUAAGUCCGACAAUGAGGAAUUGAAGCGCAGACUAGCGACGUUUGAACGCCUGUCUGCCGAAAAUUCUAAACUACGACGUACCAAAGAAGAGUCAGACGUAUUGAGAUCAUGUUUGAAUGCCGCGCAAGAAGAUGUGAGCGUUUUGCUAGAAGAAAAAAGACACCUUCAAGAUCUGGUAAGGGAUUUGCGGAGUCAGCUGGAAGAAAGUGCAGCUGGAAACAGUAACAGAACAUCUUGGUCUAUCAAAAGAUAGCAUACCAGCUGUUUUGAUUGUUCCAAGUGCUGCACCGUCAAUAAAUCGUAACGUUUAGCUAGGUCGUUAUCAUUCAGAUUAUAACGGAUGACCUGCGAAUGAUGUUAGGUGAUUACAGUUAGGUGAAGAUUCAACUUUUCGUACCCUGAAAUACUAUGUGCUGUCCGGAUGGGACAUUUAUUUUCCCGUUUCCAAAUAAAUCUGUACUUUGUUAGUUUAACACAAUUUACAAUUACUUUGAACUAAGAGAUUGCACAGUGUAAGAGACUACAAUUUUAUCUAGUUUUUUACGUCUUUUUUCAAGAACCGAAGUGCAAAAAAUCAUUUUUUGUAUUCCGACUCAAUAGUCUUAAUAUUAUUGAUGAUAUUAGCAUGUGUAGGGUACGUGUGAAAACUAUGAGAUAAUUUGCUUUUUCAUAUAGUGUACAUAUUGAUUGCAAUAUUUGUUCAUGAUAUUACGGUUCAAGUUUUAAAUAUAAAUAUGGCUAGUUGUAGUUUUGUAAGUACAUUCGUAUAACAACAAGCAAUCAAAAGUUAUGCAAUAGCAGCCGAUGAUUUGACUCUCAUAACCGUCCUUGUUCUGAUUUUGUAGCUACAUUUUCACAAAAAAGUGAUUUAUACAGACACCUGUGUGUUGGAUUAACAAAAGUCUUCAACAUUGAAAUCUUGAGAUGAUUUUGAAAACGUAACUAGUAUAAGCACUAACUGCAGUUGGUGCAUGAAUUUUUUGAGUAUGGGGAUUUCGGUAUUGCACUGUCAGCCAAUAAUAUUUUGAGGAUACGGAAAUAGAAUCUUUUUUCAAUAGAAUCAGAUUAGUUUGUUAUUUUUUGUAGGCUAUAUUAACUGAGGUGGUAUCACAAGAUAGAUCUUGUACCUUUAAAUGUUGACAAAGUUAUCGGGUUGUGCAUUGCGAUAUAUAUAUUGUGAUCAUUGUUAAACUAUCUGUUGUAGGAAAAUGAAAAGCGGCAAUCAAGCGCUGUAGCGAUUUUCUAUGAGCAGAUUCUUUUGUUGGAAACUUUCACAAAUUAAGAUUCACUAGUCAAAGAAACUAUAAAAGCUUCAUUUGCAGAUGAGGUACAAUGGGAGAUGAGAUUUUCACGUGCCCAAUGGCUACUUUGUUUUUAUUGAACGUAUUUGAAGCAUAAUAGUAUGUUGAGGAAGAUGAUAUAUUAAGAUAAUUUGAAAAGACAAACCUGAGAUCCAGCCAGAAUAUGGUAAGGAUUAAGGUGAAUUGCGUAAAUUAAAUGGCGUGUGUAAUUUUUGAAUUUACAAAGAAUUACUUACAUAUAAGAAAUGGACUACAGAAAAGCGAGAUUCGAAUUCAAAUAAUUGUACAUAAAAUCGGAAUUAGGAGUAGAUUGUAUGUUUCAAACCUAGCUGAUCUAAUAAGACAUUUUUGGGAACUCUAAAAAUCGAAAAACCUCUGUUUUUACUUCUAGAUAAUGAAAUGUGAAACGUUUACGUGAUAACGGUGAUUAUGAUAUUAAUCAACAUACCUCAUUAGUCACAUACCUAAACAUGUAAAACAAAAUGAUGAAAGAGCAUUGAGUCAAAUUUGUUUUCUUUGUCCCGCUCCUAUUGGAGGAUGUUGUAAUGUAAUGUAUUUUCAUGCCACUUUUAUAAACAUUAAAUUGUAAAAUCAUUGGUAAAAGUUACUCGAUACAUCAUAUCAGAUUUUUCGAACUACUUGAACAUUUUUUAACAUUGGCAUGGGGAAACAUUGGUAUUAUAGUUUUUAUUAUCGUUGUCGUAAAGCAAAAGCUAAUUCUUUGCAAAGAGAUAAUGAUACCUCAUAAGUACUCUGCAUAGAGUUCAUUGCUACCAUUAAAAAAUUUUUUUAUUGAUCGAAAAUGAUAGACUUCUCCCUCAUAUCAUUAAUUCUGAAAUUUUUAUUGAAUUGACACAGUACGACCAUUGUUUGGUUUUUAGUACUGAUUGUAUACUUAUUAGAUGAUGUAAUGAGCAUAAUUAUUGUGGUUAUUUGUGAAAAGUUUUUAAAUCGUACCAUAAUUUUUCGAAACUCAUUUCUUCAGAAGUUUACUUCUAACUGACUGAGUAGGCACAAUGAGGUGUAGAUUAUGUAUAUGAGGCAAAAAUAUUGAAUAGCCAUUAGUUAAGAGUCUAUACUUCCGUUUAAUAUAUUGGACGUUUUUCUGAAAAUAUUAAAUCAUAAAUAAUUCCUAAAUAUCCAUAUUUCAUAUCCUAAAUUUAAGCUGGUUUCGCAUAUCUUAUUGCAAGUGAUGAUGUCUUUGGGCAUUUCAUAUGAAUCAACGCCAUACUGAGAAACUUUAUUAUAAUCAGCUUGGGCAUUAUUUUGAUCAUGACAUUUGUGACCCAGGCUUUGAUUGCCAUGUACCAACUUCACAAAGAUUGCCAUUAAUGUUAGGAUAUAAUCUUUCAAAUUAAUGCUUGUGAUGAAUCAUGAACUGGCAACACGAAACCAAGCUGGAAAAAUAUAUGUGCUUUAUAAUCUUUUAAUAAUAUUUAAAAAGUUUUAAACUAAAGUUUGACAUUAUGUUCAGUCUGCUUUUCUUGAUAAGUUAUCACAUGUAGUUGUUGACCGAUACUCGUAUGUGCUACUGGUACAUGGCUGGUAAACUUUGGCAAUUCUUAUGAAAGUUUGUAAUACCGUAUGGUUACCUAGUUUUUUUUUUUAACUUUUAGUGGUUAAAUGUACUAUUUUCUAAAUGUUUGUGAGCCAAAAGAAGAAGGGAAGGAUAAAUGGAGCAAGGGUGAGAGGAUGAAUGAAAGAGAGAAAGAAGAGAGCUAAGUAACAAUUCAAUACAUCAAACUGAUGAUGCAUAAGAAUUAUGUUGAAGUGAAGAGUGGGAAAUUUUGUUAUAAUAUAUAAAUUGUUGACGUACAAUGAUCUCCAUACUUAUUGUUAGACCAGCAAUUGUUGGCUGAAUGGAGAUAUUGAUAUUAAAUGCAUUUAAUUGUUACAACACCUAAUUAAUUAAAAUCCAACAAUUUGUCCGAGUGUACUCGCAGAUAUUAAACUUUACUUUGAACAUCUAUACUUCGCAUUUGUGGACCAUACAAUUCUCAAUGCUUAUCUCACACGUGAGUUGUUGGAGUUUGAUUUGCCAUGAGAUAUUAUUUUUCUAUUCGUUUGUACUGCAGCUAUCGUUUUUUGCCAAGUACAGCAAUUGUGUGAUGAUGCAAAGAUUACUUUCCUCAAUAAAGUUGUGAAACAAA